UUAAAAAAUGGAGUAUAUUAAAACAAACCAUUUUAUUGAAGCAAGUUGUUCAUCAAUAAUUCAAAAAAAUCUAAACAUUUUUAAAAUGAUAACUCACAAUCCCUCUGCAACAAAAUUUAUUCAAAUCCCAUUUCUGAUUAUCAUCAUCUUGUUAUAUAGAUCACAUGUUCAAGCUCAAGACAUUUUUCUCCAUUGUCCUACUAAUUCUCCAAACUAUACUUCUGGUAGUGAAUAUGAAACCAAUCUCAAAAACUUUCUUCUUCCUUCUUUGGUUUCAAACGGUUCUAUUAAUGGAUUUUUCAAUACAUCAGUGGGUACUAAUCCAAACAAUACUGUUUACGGACUUGUUCAGUGCCGAGGUGAUAUUUCCAUGGAUGACUGCAGAACUUGUCUAAAUUCUUCCACUGUUGUUGUCAUUCGGAAAUGUUCUAAUCGUAUAGACGUCGAUGUUCGUCUUGAUACAUGUCUUUUACGCUACUCCAAUACUAGAUUCUUCGGACAAGUUGAUCAAAGUAUGCUUGUUUGGUUUCCGAAUGAGGAAAAAGUUAAUAAUCUUGAUGUAUUUAAUAGUCAACUAGGUAAAUUGAUGACUGAUCUCAUGUUUAAUGCUUCAUCGGAUUCGUCUAGGUUUGAAGUUGGAUCAUUCAACUAUAAUGAUUUCAGUAAAAUAUAUGGUAUGGUUCAAUGUACAAGAGAUCUGUCAAGAUAUUCUUGUACAUCUUGUUUACAAGAUAUGAUUAGUAGAAUUUCAAGUUUAUAUAAUGGAUCAAGAAGUGGAUAUAUAAUGACUCAAAGUUGUUUUAUAAGAUAUGAUGAUAACAUGUUUUACGAAUUACAACCACCACCGCCACCAGCACUGGAUACAGUUUCAGGUUCUAUUUCGCCGCCGCCGUCUGAUUCUGGUAAAGAACCGCCGCCAGGUCCAGAACCAUCGGUAAAUAUAGUUGCAGUAGCUGUUCCUGUGGUAGUUGGAGUUUCGUUGAUGUUAUUAGCAGUGUGUUUUUACUGCUUAAGGAAAAAGAAAAGUGUGACUAGUAAAUCUUACGUUCAAGGAGCUUCCAGGGAUCCGAUGGCAAAUCAAGAUUCUUUGCAAUUUGACUUGGUUACCAUUAGAGAUGCUACAAAUGAGUUUUCUGAUGCUAACAAGCUUGGCGAGGGUGGUUUUGGUGCAGUCUACAAGGGUAAGCUUCAAGAUGGGCAAGAAAUAGCGGUGAAACGUCUCUCUGUGAAUUCAGGACAAGGUUUGCAGGAAUUCAAGAACGAGGUGGUUUUGCUAAAUAAGCUUCAACAUAGAAAUCUUGUCAGACUUCUAGGUUUCUGUUUCGAAGGCCAUGAGCAGAUACUCAUCUACGAACAUGUAGCCAAUAGAAGUCUCGAUAAGUACAUAUUUGAUACCAGAAGAAAAGUUCUCUUGGAUUGGGAAAAACGCUACAAAAUCAUAGGAGGGAUUGCCAGGGGACUUUUAUAUCUUCAUGAAGAUUCUCGGCUUAGAAUUAUUCACAGGGAUCUCAAAGCAGGUAAUAUUUUGUUAACUGAGGAAAUGGAAGCGAAAGUUGCAGAUUUUGGGCUGGCUAAGCUUUUCGAAAUUGAUCAAACACACGGUAACACAAGUAGAGUUGCCGGAACACUAGGUUACAUGGCCCCUGAGUAUGCAUUGCAUGGACUAUUUUCUGUAAAGUCAGAUGUUUAUAGCUUCGGGGUUUUGCUCUUGGAAAUCGUAAGUGGUCGAAAGAUUACCAAUUUUCAUCAGUCAUCUUCAACACCAGAUCUUUUAAGCUAUGCAUGGAAGAAUUGGAGAAAAGGUACACCCUUGGAGGUGCUGGACCCAACUUUAUUCCAAAGUUCUUCAGGAAAUGAAGUGAUUAGGGUUAUACAUAUCGGAUUGUUAUGUGUGCAAGAUAAUAUCGAAGAUAGACCCACCAUGUCUUCUGUUGUUUUGAUGCUCAGUAGCUACUCGAUCACUCUAACAUCUCCUUCACAACCUGAGUUUUUGCAAACGACAUUUUCUGUUUGCGGGACAUACCCAAGAUAACACUCAUUAAUUACCCUUGGGUACCUAUAUAUAGUCAUAGAUUCGUAUGAAAAUGAUUCCAGUUUUUUU